AUGAGAGUUGGGAAAGUUUUGAUGCUCUUUUUUUCCGCUAUUUCGGCAUUUUACAAGGAAGAAAGCAGCGAGCUGGAAAAGCGAUCGGCGGAAAACGACGCCAAAGCGGCUAAACUACAGUCGAUGAUGCUCCAGCUCCUUCAAAUGCCCAAGAGAACCAUGAGCCCGAGCAGCGCGUUUAUGUCUGCUUAUAUGAAGAGAGACCAACUGCCGUACGAGCUCCUCAAUGACGAAUGA